AUUUCCGUUUCGUAAUUAGAAAACUUCAAUUUCAAAUUUGGAAUUUACAUGGGCGUCCAUGUGUCAGGAUUAAAACUUUUCGUCUCAUCUGAACCACGAAUUCAAUCUUUUGAUGAAUGAACUGAGUACUACAACCACCCUGUCGUCUGCUGACUAGGAUGAAGCUAAGCUGUUAUUCCUCUGUCGACAACAACGCUUCUCAAUUUGUCAGCGACAGAAUGAACAGACUUUUGGAAGAAUAAAUAGAGUGAAGUUACAAAAAGUUCUGGUACUCCAGUUUAAUAUCAUCUACGGCGAUUUAUACUUUUCAAAUUAAGAAUAAUGAGGAAUAUGUGUUCCAAACUUUGUGAUGCAGUGUUCAUAGCACCUUUCAGUGCAGGCAACCCUACGAAGACAAGUCGUGGUGAACAGAAAACAGACGGUAGCACUUCCGUUACUGUCUUAACUGCGGUCAGUUUUCCAUUGAUAACAAUCAUGUUUUUCAUAUUGAUAAGACAUAGGGGAGACAAUGAAGAAUUAUUUAAUCUUCACUGGGCGUGCAGCACACCAUUUAUGUUGAUUGCUUUGACAUCACUCAUUGCCUUCACAAUUAGUACAUCAAGGAAUAAACAGGCAUGGACGAAAGAAAAUGCAAAGAAUAAACAAGAGCCGUCAGUUAAUGUACAGCUAGGAUUUCUUUGGAUAUUUGGAAUAGCAAUGAUGGUGCAAUGUUCCUUGGAAAUCAUAGUUGUAGCAAGCUGUAUAUCUUCCACUUCCGGGGUUCUUUUGGGAUACCUUGGUCAUCUGUUAUCUUCAGCUGCAAAGAUUGCAUACUUGAUUGUUCAAUUACUUUUCAUUUCUAGCAAUAUGAGAAGACAUUUCGUGAACACUAUCUGGAUCAACUUUAUGCUGGGGGGUAUCGUGUUUACUAAUGCGUGUAUAUGGCUUGAAUUUGUAUCGAGAAGAAUUGCGUAUCUAUAUGAAUUUGAACAGAAUGCCUUUCUCAAUCGUACAUUAACAUGUUAUCAUCAUUCCAAACCCCAGGAAAUAAUUAGGACGAUCGACGUCUAUAUUGUUCCUAUAACAGCCGCUUUUGUUCUUUUGGCAAUUUCAUUUACAGUGAAGAUGUGUCCAGCAGUAGGGAGAGGAACAAGCUCUCGGGAAAGGGAUCUUGUUUUGACGGAAGACAGCCAAAUUGGACACAAUCUAGUGAUGAAAACUGCAAAAAAGUUCGGAUUCGUUAUAUCCAUUCUUGUUCAUAUACCGGUUUUCAUUUUUGCUUUAUUAACUCGCUAUGUGUACGUGCACACCAAUGUUGUCCUCUUCUACUGGCAAAUAAUAGGUGUUGUCCAAAAACUAUUAAUGUUAGGUAUAAUCUUUGUUGGGUUUUCAUACUUGGAACCGAGAAAGUCUACAGCAUGGAAAUUAUCAUCCGAUGAUUACGUUUUGUUAACGUGUAUGGUGGCAAAACUAAUUAGUGUUAUUGUGGUUAAUCUUUCCGCUUUUAAUUGCGGUUACAAUCAAACAUCUUUAAUAGGCCUAUUGUACCACGGUUUCGUUUAUCUGGCUCUCAUUUUUUAUCAGACAAUUUACCUCCUUAUGUCUAAUCGCCCAAUGCACAACCGUAAUGCAAAGUCACGCGUUUCAACAUUUAUUCAAUCUGUGUUCGUCGUGGUAUAUAUAGGUAGAUGGUUCGUCGUAUCAUUCAUUCUCUCUUAUCAAGGGGAAGAUAUUAUUAUUACAGAAGACAAAGUGUGUAUAUUCAAAGAUUCUCGGGUAUGGAGUACAACACAGUAUUUGAUUACUCCAUGUGCCACAUUUUAUGAUUUUAUCUCUGCCAUGUAUUACUAUGGUAUGAUAUUUACUCAAUGACAUCCACCAUGAUUUACAUUUUAUAUCUAAAACCAAUAUUCUGCAUUAUCAGAAUAUUUUUUUUCUUUCCGUCUGUCAUGCACUAAGGUAUUCGUUUCUAUUUCGUUGCAUAAUUAUAAAUGAAAGAGGAAUCUAAUUAAUAUAUGAUCUUCUCUAACCGUUGCACUAGACAAGAUCUGACAGAAUUGCAUUUGAGGUCAUGUUAUUGACCCCAGUCUCAUGAAUAAUUCAAUAAAUAUUAGACCAAUAAAAAUAGUUUGAUAAAAAAUAAAGUACCAAUCAGGAAUCGUUAUACUGAAGCGUAUUCGGAUUGUAAAUUCACAUAAAAUGGCGACGAUCCAUGAAAAGUUUAAACGAAUUCCAAAUAUUAGCGUCAACGGAAGACCAAAAGAAGAUCUUACAUUUUAUACAUCCAUUAUCGUUGAAAAACAUUUUCUGUUGCACACUAACAUCGCUCGUGGGUGCCAUCAUCUUCUUCGAUUAUUCUCCCGUGCUUCUAGGCAAUUAUUGACAUGCGUAUUAUAAAUACAUAAAUAUCAAGUAUGUUUGGAUAUAUCAGCGAAUCUUUCAUGUUAACGAAAACCGUCAUUUGAUUGAUAAAGUGUGAAAGAUAAAAUAACAUGACCUCAAACGCAAUGCUGUCAGAUCUUUCUCCAAUGUAACGGUUGGAGAAGAACUGGUUUUAAUUAGAUUGAAUGAAAGACUACAUCAUGUUUUAACAUCAAUAUAACAUGUUAUAUUAUGGUGUUUUUUUUAUGAAAGCACAUUUGCCCAAUGUUACUUAGAGUCUGGCAGACAGAAUGUAUCGUGGGCCAUAAUUCCUUUUUCUCUAAGCAUAAGCAUGCUUUUUUUCAUAUUAUCUUCAGUGUUUCUGAUUAAGAUAUGGUCCAGUAUUGAAAUAACAUCUCAUAUAGACCCAUGCAAAGCAAGAGGUAGGGAGGGAAAUGGUGCACCACAGCUUCCAGAAAGUAUCAUCCAACCACAUGAACAGAACGGUGGCCCAAACCUGAAAAUCAUCCGAUUCAUAUCCACUAUUGUGGGAAUCACGUUAGUCGUAGCAUUUUUGACUAUGGCUCUUUUGAUGAAGUUUGUGUACUUGAGACAUAUAAUUGCAGUUAAAAUCUUCUGGGAUGCUUCCAUUAUUGCAUGUUUGGCGAUAGGUUUGAUCAUUGUCCUUGUGGGUAUUAAAAGUUUGGACUCUUAUCGACCGAUUACAUGGAUGAUAUCGUCUUGGGAUUGUGUACUUCUGUGUUGUAUGGCUGGUAAUGUGGUAAUGAAUACAAUAGGAAUUAUUUCCGUCAGUAUCUGUCAUGUCGAGAGACGAAAAACGAUCUUUACAAAAAAUUUAUUAAACUUGUUUAUGGUGUUUUAUCAUACGGUAUACAUAAUGAUGGCGAGAAGAAUUCCAUCAAACACUUUACGGAACAAGCCUGUGACUUUAUCGGUUCAUAUUGUAUUCUUUGUAGCGUAUGCGGGAAGGUGGUUUCUGCUAACAUUUAUUCUUAGCACGCAAGGAAAGUAUUUAUUACAGGAAGGACAACAAUGUUUAUUUUCUGAUCAAAUAUGGUUGACUUUGCAAUAUUUCACGAUUCCCCUAAACACAUUUUAUGAUUUUCAAUCAUUUGCAUAUUAUUAUAGUACUAUAUGGUAGAUAAUUUGACAGGUGUUUUUAUUUCUCAUUCGCGAUGUAUUAAGUAACUUACAUGUACUAUGUUAUAUUUCAUUAUUUUCGCACAUUUUAUUAAUCAUAAAUAUAAUACCUGUGUUUUGAAAACGUAAUUUUAUAAAAUAUGUUAAAUCAUGAAAGACCGUUAACACUCUUAUGAGCAUUAAAGCUAUAAGGAAAAUGAAUUAUUUAUAAAGUUAAUACUUUAAUAAUCAAUAAAAUAAACAAAGCUGUUGCCGUUGGAGGAAAUAUGAUCAUUUGAAAACAGCUGUCAUAACAUCGAUGACUGUGAUUUGAUUCUUCGAAUUCAUGUAUCUUUAUAUAUUGCAUCUUGAGGUUGAUGCUGAACUGGUAUUCCGUUUAGGUAAAUUUUUGCAACCAUACUUAUUUCUAUAUGUGUUCAUAACUGGUCAAAGGUCACCAUACCUACCAUGUCUGUUUGUUUAUUUGGUUUACGCCCAUUCAAGAAGUUUUAUCUCAUAUUGAGAGAUCACCAGAUGUAGGUGAAGUACCACAAACUGAGACCUACAUCGUUCUUAGCAAUCUCAGGGUCAUUACAGUGAGAGGUUUUAAUGUAACAAUGACUGUCACGACACGGGUUGGUAAGAAGUCGUCCGAAAAAUCCGCGACUCUCAAUUCCGGCUGAUGAAGGUUUAGUGAAGGACUACGUACUUCUUAUGUUUACGUUUCAGCUCUUAUGCUGCCAAAUAAGGAGCAUGGCUCGAAUCCCAGAAACGAACCCUCUAACCAGGGAACUAAGGAGACAUUUGUCCGAGACCAAAUACGGUGAUGAUUUGGAGUACAGCAAAUUGCGUUGGAUAAUGAUAUCAAGGAGCUCAUGUAUUGUGUGUGUUUAUUCCAUUUUUGGAAAUAUCCGAAUUAUUUUGAUAUUUACCAUGUUACCAGUUAGAAAAUAAAAAAUAAAAAUUAGAUCGACCAAAACACAGCCACCAUGUAUAGAUCACAAUGUACCAGAUUGCAUAGUCUUAAUGUAUUUAUAGUUGGUUCGAGAGUUUAGAGAUUGUUCAGCAAUACAAUAUAGUUUGUGAACCGUUGUCAGAUGGUACCGGGUAGUCAAUUUUUCUUGCGAAUUCGAUUCGGGCAAAUGAAUACAGAGAUGAAUAAGAUUUCUUCAGAUAUUUUAAUAUGCAUGGGAGUUCCUCUUGCGAUCUGGUUAGAGCUAGCGAACAAAGAAAGGGUUUGGGAAACGCUUCAAUCGUGACCCUAUAGUGUGCAGAAAUGUGACAUUCUCCCGAGAUAGCAAACAAUCUGUAAAUGUACAAAGAAUUACAAUACUUGUGAUUGAUGAAGGUUCUAAUACCAGAUGACUGAGAGUGGUUACAGGAAAUCAUUGUUCUUGAAUAUGAAAUGUAGUCCAGAUUUUGUUUCAAAAUUCAUAGGGUUAUUUUUCCCAAUUUCAAGAAAUCAAAAAUGUAAAAUUAAUCAACAGUUAUCAAUUUUAUAAAUCCUAUAAAGAAUACGAAAUUGAAAAGUGUUGUCCCCUGGGGCAUAUAAAAGAUUUAGACUUUCUAUUUUUAGAAGUUCACUUGAAAGAUUAUCGUCCCUUUCUAUGUUCAAGAAGAGAAUUCUCCAGAACAUUAUCUUAGCAUUAAUAGACGAUAAAAUGUGUGGAAAUAAGCACUAACUGAGCAUUCUACAGAAUUUUGAAUUAUCUCUAGAGACUAAUUAACCUAAUUAUCACACGGCGGUAAACAAACAAAAUACCAAACUCUGUUUAUGGGAAAUCUGAUUAGAUUGUCAAUAAUUUAUGUUCUUUUUUUUUUUCACUGUCAUAUGUUUCUGUAAAAAAAAAUUGUAAAUAAAUUGUU